GUCAAUUAGUGGCAUUUGAAUGUCGAAUACAGGCCAGGCCCACCAUGCAAGUUCGCUGGUACAGAGAACAGAAGCAGAUAAUUGAUUCUGCAGACUUCCGCAUACUAAGAAAAAAAGCUUGUUUCUCACCAGUUCCUGAGGAAGUUUGCACCUUGGUUAUUACAGAAGCUUUUCCUGAAGACUCUGGGGUAUUUAAAUGUUUCGCUGAAAAUGAGUUUGGAGCAGCAGUAUCCAGUGCACGCCUUUCUGUUUCCCAAGGAGCAAAUGAGAUGAAAGAAUUUGAAAUCCUUCCCCAUAUGCCGCCCAUGCAAGCUAUCAUGAAGAAAGCCUCGUUACCGAGGAAAAGCCAAAAUGUGGCAAAGGAAAGAGAUCUGGCUACCAAGCCUCCAGGCCCAGGCAAGCAGGGGAAACAUGUGACUUCUGGAUGGCAGAAUCACCAGGGUGAAACGGAUGCAUUUCAUGGCAUUUAUGAAGACUCUCCUGAGAUGUCAUCUGCUUGGUAAGGAAAAGCGGACAGCACAGCUGUACUUACGUCUAUUGUAUUGCUGCCUGUAUGUGCGUGCACACAAAGUUACUUGACCUGUAGUUAUGAAUGCCUGUUUGCAAAUGUAACCCACUGGUAAGUACGUGCUACAGAUGCCUCUCUCUGCUGAUCUUUAGAGAAGAGUUUGUUGCUGCCAGAGCCAGAGAGAAUGGUCUCUUUCUGUCAUGGGUGGCGGAUAGAAGAGGCAGGGGAAAGCAAUGCCUUUCCAA